CAUAAUCUGAAACUCUGAGAAUGGAUUAUUCCCAUCUUCACACGUACGCGCCUCCUCAGUGUCUUCCUGACAACACUGGGUACACCUACGCUCUAAGCUCCAGCUAUUCCUCGGCAGCUUUGGACUUCGAGAACUUGCAUAAAUUGGAGCCAGUGUUUGAUUCUCCAAGAAUGUCGCGGCGUAGUCUCCGCUUGGCCAAUACCACUGCCAACUUUUCUGAGGAUCUUCUCAACAGCAGCAUCAGCUCCACUGCCUCUUAUUCUGGGAGUGUUUCUAAUGACCGCUCCAUUAACAGGUCUAGUAGGCAGCAUAACAACAGCAUCCAGUCUACAUCCAGCGGCCAUCAUUUAUCCAGGAAAGGGGUUGGAAAUGUGUCUUUCCAGAGCAGCUUUAGUACACAGGUCGCUGAUACCUCCACAUUGUCCACAGUGUUAGAUGAGUCGUCCAUACGGGAGCAUACUGAAGUGGACCACCUAUGGGGCCUUGAUGUUGAUGAUCCUAAAGUUGGGGACACUACAGUGAUUCCGGCAAAUGGAGAUGUUCUCACCGCAGAAACUCAGACGACCCUGAUAAAUGGCUACACGUGUAAUGACUGUAGCAUGCUCUCGGAGAGGAGUAAUGUCCUCACUGCCUACUCUGCUUCUCGCGUGCCAGCCAUGUCCUCCUACUCCGUGUCUUCAACAGUGUAUUCCCGGGACCGGAGCCAGAAGUCAAGAGAACUUCCUCAUUACGUGCACAAGACCACGGUGCUGGUCAAACGUGCCAUGGCGUCCCUGACUGCACUGUUCGUGAAUCUCUUUCACGUGGUUACGAUGAAGCUUGGUUAUGAAAUGAAAGCUCACUCGAAUUUCUGUGGAAGUAUGAAUGUGAAAGACUAUCAAACGGACGGUGGACAUCUCCAUAUAAAUGGAGAAACUCUUUGUGAUGACUGUAAAGGAAUGAAACAACAUGAAAAACACACCACUGUCCACAUGCAAUCCUCACGGGCUAAAAGGGUGACAGGGUCCUUGUGGCACAUCUUUUCUUACACAGGUUACUUUUUAAUGCAAGCGGUGCGCAGUGCUGGAGCUGCUGGAUGGUUUGUAUCCAGGAAGGUGUUGUCGUUUCUUUGGUUGGCCAUUGUAUCACCAGGCAAGGCAGCAUCUGGAAUGUUUUGGUGGCUAGGCACGGGUUGGUACCAACUUACUACCCUGAUAUCCCUGCUGAACGUAUUUUUGCUAACUAGAUGCCUUCCAAAGUUUUCCAGAGCGCUGCUCCUCCUGAUCCCCUUACUGCUACUCCUGGGUCUCUGGUUGUGGGGCUUUGAUACUUUAUUUGCUAUGCUACCGUUAUUCAGAGGAUCUAGUAUAUACACGACAAAAACAGAAGAUCCUAUUCCCAGCCUGAAGCCAGAACCUGAUCGUCAUAUACCCAGCACUGAUGAGAAGGGUUAUGGGCUUCAUUUUGAUAUCAGAAUGAGAGAGCUUGAGAAGAAGUUUGGGUCAAUGGCUGACAGCCAGAAUUAUCACUUUGAAGACUACAAGAAGCUGAAGCUUCUUAUUGUGGAUAUUCAGAAACAGAUGGGUCAGAUGAAUGACCAGGGGCACAUGUCUGCUUUAAUUUCGGGUCUCCUCAGUGAGCAUCUUGGCAAAAUGAAGACAGAUGUACAGGACAUAACCGCAGAAGACCACUCUACCAUUACCAGCCACGAAGCUCGAAUACUACACUUGGAAGCCCUGCUGAGUAAACUAUCAGAGGCCAUAGAGGAAGAUAGGAGACACACUCUGUCUAACACAAGUGAUGUUCACAUUCAAGAUCAGAGUCAUUUAAGGAAAAGGAUUGAAAUCCUGGAGAAAGAGUUUGAAGCCUACAAGGCAGAAUUUUUCACAAAACAAAGUGUGAAGUCCAGCUGUGACUUACCAGACUGCAUACUUCAGAAGGUUGAUGCCAGGGUUCGAGAAUCCAUCCAGAUGAUGUUCGGGAAUGAAGCAAACUUGCCAGAAGGCUUAUUGCGGUGGCUUUCUGCCAACUAUGUCACUAAUGUAGACUUUAAUGCCAAACUAAAGGAACUUGAGCUUCAUCUGUUAAGGAACAUUUCCCAUCAGGUCUCUAUUACUGGGAAGGUGCCAACAUCACAAAUGAUGGAAGAGACAGUAAGAGGCGGGAUAACUGGAAUCACUGAGCAGGAAGCUCGUGUUAUUGUGAACAAUGCAUUGAAGCUGUACUCGCAGGACCGCACGGGCUUGGUGGACUUUGCUUUGGAGUCUGGAGGUGGAAGUAUUUUGGGCACUCGAUGCUCUGAAACCUACGAGACAAAGACGGCACUUGUAAGCUUGUUUGGCAUUCCAUUGUGGUAUCUAUCACAGUCUCCCCGGGUGGUAAUUCAGCCUGAUAUGUACCCAGGUAACUGCUGGGCCUUUAAAGGAGCUCAAGGAUACUUAGUGGUGCGGCUGUCUAUGGCAAUUUUUCCAUCUGCUUUCUCAUUGGAGCACAUCCCAAAGUCCUUAUCCCCAACUGGUAACAUCACAAGUGCACCAAAGGAUUUUGCUAUAUAUGGCUUAGAAAAUGAAUAUCAAGAAGACGGUGUCUUAUUGGUCCAGUCUUCGUACAAUGAAGAGGGCGAACCUCUGCAAAUAUUUCAAGUCACGGAAGAAAAUGGGAAAUCUUUCCAAAUUGUGGAGCUGCGAAUCCUGUCCAACUGGGGCCAUUCCAACUAUACUUGUCUGUAUCGCUUCCGCGCUCAUGGGACUCCUGUGAAAUAACACUAAUGAAGCUAUUCGCAAAAUGAACACUUUAAAUGUUGUAAAUACUGAAAACCUGGAACACUGGAAUAUAUAAACAGAAGAGUCAGAGAGUUGCUCUAAAGAGGAUGCACAAGGCCAAAAACAAAGAACAAUUAUUUACCAAGAAACAAAUCCUGCCAUCGAAUCCAUUUAAUGGAUACCAGAAUCAUUUUAUUUUUUAUUUUUCCCCCCUCCAAGCUCAAUGAAAUGCUGCAUGCCAACCACUCAGGAUUGAAAGGCCAGUUAGCGGGAAACCAUAUCUGCUUUUGUGUGGAAACCACUGGUGCCCGAGUAUCUUAUAGAUCACAUGAUCUGGAUAUUGUGUUAUAGCAGAGACAGAAGGUUGUAGUAGAGCUCUCUGUCCAGGUUACUUAUCUUGAUGAACCCAAGACAUAUAGACAAAGCGUCUUUGGUUAUUCAUGUAUGGAGUGGCUUAUGAACACCUUAAUAGAUGAGCAAUACGCUAAGACGCUAAUGUAAUGCAGUGCAGAAGUAACCAAAGCUUGUUUCUACAACAUCUUAGUCAUUAGUUUUAUUAAACUUUGAUAUAGGAUCUACUUCGACUGAGGGAAGCACUUGUACCACCCUCAGAAAAAAAUAAAUAUAUUGAAUUGUCCUUUCGCCAGGCUUGACAUAAUUUGUAUUCUGGUAGGUAUCAAGCAGCUUUCCUAGUGUCCUGACUAACCUAUGGGGUAUUUCGGCUUUAUGCAUCUUAUCCCCUAUCCAAAGGA